GGACUGUAGAAAUAUCUGAACCGUUUAGACUGAUCAGUUUGAAGUUUGGAGUAUAUUACAUAGUCAUGUAACAAUUCUUAUCGUUAAAGAAUUGCUACAGAGUGGUGAGAUCUACAUCUGGGGACCACAUAAACAUUUCUGGGAAAUAUUAUCUCAGUAUUGGACAUUAACCGUGGUGUGGGAAUUAUUUCCUCUAGGUCGUUUGCUAUUAACACGGCUGUUGGUUUAAUAGUCUUGGUAUUUGUCUGUCAGGUUUCUUUCAUCAUCACUAUUAUCUAAUCGCUAAAAUAACGAGCGGCAUGUGCGUGAAACACAAUGGGUAAAAAAACCAAUAAGCAGAAGCUCAGUUUUCCAGUGGUUCCGGGUUGGGUACCAUACAAAGCGUUUUCUGCAAAAAGUUGGUUAUUAAAUUUUCGUGUUUCAAGUAUUUUUUUAAGAAAUUGAUGAAGUCUCGGAGCCACAAUAUGCUGAGGUUCCAAAAGAUUGGAAGGAGCCUAAGUUCAAUCCUGAGGAUAAUCCUCAUGGAAGAUUGUUUGCUUCGUCAUCAUACACAACGCUCUUCCCAAAAUAUCGUGAGAAGUACUUGACCGAAAUUUGGCCCGUUUUAAGAAGAAUAAUGAUGGAACAUCAUAUCCGCGUGGAAAUAGAUGUGGCUGAAAGCACUAUGGAAGUUCGAACAACUCCAAAAACUUUUGAUCCUUUUAUCAUACUAAAGGCCAGGGAUGUUAUACGCUUACUAGCUCGCUCUGUUCCUAUGGAGCAAGCUAUCCGUGUUCUGGAUGACGAGACAUUUGCAGAUAUUAUUGAGAUAAACUUGACUAAUCGUGAGCGAUUUGUUAAACGACGUAAUCGGCUUAUUGGCCAUGAUGGUGAAACAUUGAAAGCUCUGGAGCUAUCUACUAACUGUUAUAUAGUUGUGCAAGGAAAAACUGUUUCUGUGGUUGGUCGAUAUAACGAUUUAAAGGAGGUACGUAAAAUUGUUCAGGGCUGCAUUUAUGACAAUAUACAUCCAGCUUAUUCUAUUAAAAGAUUACUUAUAAUAAAGAAACUUUCUAUGGAUCCUACAAAACAAAAUAUAUCCUGGGAUCGAUUUUUGCCAAAAAUGAAAAAGAAGGUACUUAGUCGACGUAGAAAACCUCACAAAGUUCGUAAGAAAAAAGAAUACAAUCCAUUCCCGCCACCACCAGUUCAAUCAAAAAUUGAUAUUGAACUUGAAAAAGGUACAUAUUUCUUAGCUGAAGCUGAACGUAAACGUUUGAAAGUUGAAUCAAAUAUUACUAAAUCUAAUCAAAUAUCAAAAGAACGACAAAAAGCUAAACGUUCCGCUGCACUUAUUCCACCUAAUGAAUCGAAUAACAAUAAUGUUAAUCAUCAUAAACCGAAAAAAGUAAAAUUUGACGAAUAAAAAUAAAACUGGAUUUAUUGUAUAUUUCCCAAAAUUGUAAAUAAUCAAUUCAGUAAGAUGAUAAUUCUCUUCUUUUUUCUAUCAUUUGUAUUAGAGGCUAAGACUAAAAGAACAUUUUUUUUUUCUUUACGGACGUUCAACAUCUUAAUUAAAGAAGGAACCUGUUAUAUCAUGUGGCUGAGUAGAUGCCUCGCUAACGUAUGACGCGAUAACACCGACAAUCAGAGAGCAGCGAAUUAUCG